CUUCUUGUUUCCCCUCUGGACCCUCCCCCGCGAAGAAACCUCUUGCGGAGCUUGUGGCUAGUCGACCGGCAGGCGAGCGGCGCCGUCUUGCCGUCCUCUGCAUCUCUCCACGAGCUUUCCUUCCUUCCACCGUCCACUUGUUGCUGUUUCCUCUCCUCUUUCUCUUCUCUCCUGUCUGGCACAAGUCGACGCAUGUGGACUUGUCAGCGGCGCAUGCACCAUCCUAGUGGCGCCCUCUCCGCUCUCUGUCUGCUGUUUCCUGUCCGCUCCUCUCGCUUCCGGCCGUCGGUUUGUUGACUCUUGACUCUCGUCCGCUGAGGCAUGAAUGCGGCAUCGCACACAGUUGACCGAGGCAGCCGAGGUGCAGACGAGCGAACCUUGGAAGGAUCGCGUCGCCUGACAGUCUGUCCGAGCCCAGCGCGCUGCGAGGCCAGGAGAGCGGAACACAGCGAGAGAGACAACCAGUUCUUCACCGCCUUGCUCCGUUCCUCGAAAGCUUUCCAGUUACUCUUUCAAAGAGAUCUUCUCCCUCGCGGCCGCGAUGCGUCGUCUCUCGCUGCGCUUCUCUGCGCGCUGCUCAGGUGUGCUCGAGACGCGCUCUGCUCUCCUCUCCCGUCUCGCCUUCUCUCUCGCCGUCUCUCUCGCCUGCUCUCUCGCGCUCUGUCUCGCGCUCGGGUCUUCCUGGCGCCCUCUGACUCACAACUCCUCUUCAUUCCUUCUCCCCUUCUGUGCGGCCUCUCCACACCCUUCGCCAUCUUCUCCUCCUUCCUCUUCUUCUCCCUCUUCUCCUCCCUCUUCUUCUCCCUCUUCUCCUCCCUCUUCUUCUCCCUUUCCGGAGGCCUUUGAGCGAGCGACGCAGUGGGGGGUGUACCGACCAUCUGCGUUUUUCGCGCUGCGUUCCGCUUCGCAUGCAGGCAGCUUCCUCUCCGGUCUCGCCUGGGGCGGCGAGGGUCUGGCGUCUCCCUCGGCGCUGGCUGCGGCGCUUCGUGGCGACUCCCCAGCGCGGUCCACGUCGUCUUCUCCUCCAGGCCUCGACUCCUUGGAGAGAGAGCGAGCGCGACGCGCGAGCGAGCGCGUCUUCCACUUCAUCAACGAGCAGGACGUUCUGGACUCUCGAGCCUGCGAGAAGAAGGACGGCGCGUCUGGCGAGGUCGCAGAUCGGUCCGAGACGCCCGCUAAGGAGUGCAGGCAGGGAGUCCAGGUCCGGUAUCGAGAGCACGACGGGAUCUUCUACGGCAGACAGGAGAUCCAGCACAGACGGCCUGUGCUCUCUUCGCACCUGGGCGGAAGUGGAAAGGGGGACCUGGAAGACUUGAAGAUCAAAACCACCUUCGUGAAACAUCCCGAGUACCCGGACAAAGUCUUCUCGUUUCGGCUCGCGGCUUCCGUCGAGAGAGGCGAAAAAGCCGAGGCGGCCCGAGCCACCGUCGCCUCGCUCUUCGUCUACUUCGCCUCCGAAGACGAAGACUUUGCGGUGUCUGUACACCCGGAGACGAGGCGCGAGAGCCAGACCCGGAGACGCCUGUACGUUCUCGGCCGGGGAGACGACGUCGCCGGGGACCUCUUGGCCGUUGUCGAGACAAAACGCGCAACUCGCAAAGAGAGGACAGCUCACGGGAAGCGCGCGAAGAAGCUCGAGGAGAAAGACAAAGAAAACGACAGAGAAAGAGACAGAGAAAACGACGGAGACGGCGAAGGGGAACCUGGGGAACUGGGUGUCUUUUUUGGGAGCUCGUUUCUGCCUUCUGCAGCGACAGAGUCAUGGGACGCGGGCGCUCACGUCGAGCGCCUGCUCAGAAAAACGCCGCCACUCGCCCAGGACGAAGAAGCGCUUCGCCGCCUUCCCAACGAGGAGGCGCAAGACGCGAACUUCCUCGCGAUUCAGGUCCUCGGAUCCGUUCCGGUGCAACCUCCCAAAGAACGCGAAAGCGAAGAAGAUGAGAGAGAAGAAGACGUUGCGGAGGAAGACUCUCUCGUGGUUGACGUUCACAUUUUCACUGGAGGAAUUCUCGAGAAGAAAGAAUCGCUGGACGCCUCUCCGGUCCAGUCUCUCCAGAGAGAAAACGUCUGCGGCUUCGACUGUUUGUAUUCUCUAUCUACCAAAGAAAUCGACGAAAAAAUACACAGAUUCCUCUACACGCCUCCUCUUCUUUCUCCCUCUACUUCUCCGUUGUCCUCUCCUUUGAGCGAUCAUUUGUCUUUUCUGGCGCGACUGUAUUCGCAGCUCUUCCGCUUGCACCUGUCGUCAACUUUCCCUGGACAAGCGCCGCGCGCGCUGCGAUCCGCGAUGAUUUCCAAUCUCCUGGGAGGCCGAGGCUUCUUUUCUGGAAAACUCCCUGUCUCUCCCGCCACGACGAACAAGGAGACAGAAGACGACAAAGAGGCAGAAGAUGAUAAAGAGACAGACGACGACAAAGAGACAGGAGAGACAGCGGGGCGAGAAGCAAAGUUCCAAGGAAAAGAAGCUAGCAGCUGGCUGGUUGGAGACGUCGCACUGUUUUCCUUUGUUCCGUCGAGAAUGAAGUUCCCGCGGCCAUUCCUCUGGGAUGAAGGCAUGCAUGCGCUCGUUGCCCUUGAGUGGUUUCCCCUCCUCGCAGCGCAGAACAUUUUUUCUUGGAUGCAGCUUCUCAGAAUAACAGACCAAAUCUAUGCAGGCUGGCUUCCGAGGGAGGUCGCGUUGAACAGAGAGAUGGCUCUCGGCCUGCCUCAAGCGUUUCUGACGCAGUUCCCUGAGGCAGGGAAUCCUCCGACUUUCAUUUUCGCGCUCGAGAAGCUGGUGGAGGUUGCAGACGACGCGCGCGCAGCGCCUGCGCAUCCUCUCUUUCGCCUUCUCGCGCAAAACCGGCUCCCCUCAAGGGAUGAGGUCACAGCCAUUGCGGACCUCGUGCUGUCCAUGCCAACAAGUGGAGAACGCGAGAGUGGAGAAGCAGAGCAGAUGCCCGACGCGCGCGCGCCGGGGGGCCAGCCGCGAGUCCGGGAGCCUCGGUCGGAACGUUCCUCCUCUCUGACUUUUAAAUUGACUGCCUUAACAGACGGGAGUGGGUCGACUGCUGCUGCGCUUUCGGCCGCUCUGGCGAGAUGCGUCCAGGCUGUUGCCCCGCUCCUCGCGCUGUGGGUCGACUACUACGUACAAAUGCACACCACGCUCAUCCCGGACGCUCCAAAUACAUCUUCCUUCCCUCCUUCCUCUUCUCGCUCGUCUCCUUCUUCUCCCUCUCCUUCGUCUCUUCUUCCUUCUGCUUUGCACACGCUGUUGGACGCCCGCCGAUAUCCUCAGUGGCAUGCGUCGCCAGCGUCUGCGCCGGAGAAUUCCUUCAGCAGCGGCCUGGACGACUUUCCUCGUCCUCUCCAAGUCUACGAGAACGGCAAAGAGACGAAACCUCCCGCGGCACACCUCGACUUGCAUGCGUGGAUGUUGACGCUGCUGAGAGGCGCCGAACGCGUCUGCGAGUUUGCGGCGAGCCUCCCCGACGGAGGAACUGCGGAGACGAGAGAAACGAACGACGCUCCAGAGGCGCGCCGCAGUCAAGGAAAGGACAGAGCAAGCAUGUGCAGAGAAACGUAUGAACCUGCUCUCGCGGCGCUCAUCGUGAAGCUCCUUGGUGUCGAUACACCUCAGUCCGUCUUCUCAACUCUCCUCCACGACGCCUCGUGCUCCCAGUCUCCUUCUGCUUCCUCUGCGUCGUUCUCUGCCUCUUCCUCUUCCUCUUCCUGCAGUGGGAGAGCGCAGCGGCCUUCGGCGUCAAGUCUUUAUUUCCACCCUGCCGGCAUCCUCGUCGACUUCGCUACGAAACAGCCUCUCGUGAAAGCGAAGAGUGACGAUGAGGCUCAUCGUCUGGUCCCCGUUCCUGUCUGGCCCUGGCGAGACGACGGCAGGUGCGGGAAGGAGUUUCCGAUUUCGACCGGCCGGCCGGCUGUGUGCAAUCCGUUGUCGGAGAGUCCGUGUUGUUCCCCUGCGGGAUUCUGUGGAGCUUCGCCUGCCCACUGCUCCUGUAGCUCUUGCUUCCGAACGCCUGUUCUCACGAACCGGCGCUUCUGGGGAUACGAAGGAGUCGGCUCUGCGCCUUCCGCGUACGUAGGCAUUCCGUCGCUGCUUCCGCUCGCUCUUGGCCUUCUUCCUUGGCGCGCGGAGCUUCCUUUUCUCGCCGCUGCGCGGCCUCCAAAUCUACCGGAAGCAGAGCAACAGGCGCGGAAGCCAGCAGGGGGGAAGGUCGAGUCGCGAGGCGAACGCGAGGAAGAAGAAGAAGGAGAGAGGCGAGAGGUGGACAGCCUGCUUCUGCACAGAGUCGUGGAAGUGGGUGAGAACGAAGACCUUGGUUUGUCGAGUGCCUUCGGCCUCAGGAGUUUGCGGAGAGGAGAUGCACUGUACCACGCAGGAAGCGAUUACUGGCGAGGCGAUGUGUGGGUGCAUAUCAGCGCCCUCGUUUUGGGCGGCGUCAGGCGGUUCUAUCUGCAGAAACGCAGUGUCCAGCGCAAGCCGCGGCGCAAAGACAGCUCACAAGAGCGAGAGCUCGCGACGCUCCUCCAAACCUUCUACGACACCCUUCGAAAAAGAGUCCUUGUCACGGUCCAGAGAGAAUGGGAGAGAAGCGGACAAAUCUUCGAGAGAUACAGCGACCUCGACGGAACCGGCAAAGGUCCGUUCCCCUUCGCCGGAUGGACAGCCAUGUACCUUCUUCUCCUCACGGAAAAGUAGAUCAGACGAGAGCGGGAGACAGAGGGCGCUGCAGAGCAGCGAGAGCAGCUCAGAAAAGAAACAAACGAAACCCAGAGACCGACGCGUCUUCGCGGCUUCGUCGCGAAUCUGCUUCUUCGGUCUUCAAAGGAAAAAACAAGUCGAACUGACUCUGCGUUCUUCAAGCCUUGAGACAUCUCUGACGCAUGUGCAAGCGAACAGAUGCGUCGCUGUCUCGAGGGCUCUUUUCGAGGAAAACGCUCGAUUCUGUCUGAAAACAUCUGCCUCGCAUGCGUCGAUGUGCUGUCUCUGAAUCUCUGAACACCGGUGACCUGCCGACCUCCCCGAGCUGGAGGGGGGAAGAAGCGUCCUACUGAUCUUUGCUCGUGGACCGUGAACGCAAAACGGAAACAAUCGUUUUUGCCGUAAAAAAAAGAUGCAUGCAAUCCCUUUGGAUUCGCCGAUGCGAA